AUGGGUGAGAAAUGGGCAGCUGACAGAAUCCAAAAGAAAGGAGAGUCUGAUUGUUUCCUUUGGUCGUGUCUUAAAGAACUUAUUGUCAAACAUAGUGAUAUUGAGAAGAGUAUGGAAAUGUUCGCUUUAGGAAUUUAUGGCUUAGUAAUUUUCCUAAAAGUUAUUUGUCAUGUAGAAUCCGUUGUAGUUGAUUUAUUUGAGCGUUUGGAAAGGAAAGUGAAUCAUGUUCCUGAAAUCUUGGCAAAAACAUUUAGGUCACUUAAAACUUGCAAAAGACCAGAGAGUAGCCGCUUCGCUGGGUGUGUCCAGUUGCUUACUGUAUGGAUGCGUAGCCACUUCUGGAAGAUUGAUCGAGAAUACAAUCGUCGAUUAUCAACUACCUAUUCACCCUUAGAAUAUUUCAUCACCAAAGAAUGGCAUGAGCAUUUAACAAGAAAAUAUUGGGUUUCACUUUUGAGGAAUUUACAAGAUCAUGAUAUAGUGUGGCAAAUCCCCUGGUUAGCUUUUGUCAAAAUAUUGUACAAAUGUGGGGAGUCCAAUUGGGUAAAUCUGUUAGGAUUAUGGGGCGGAGUAUGUUAUGCUCCACUAAUGGUGUUAAGGCAAUUUGGGGCGCGCCAAUUUGUCCCAGCCACCUCAGGUCUGAGUAAAUCCGAAUUUGUGUACCACAUAGAUCACUACAAGAAAAUCACUCGUUUAAUGUUAGAUGCAUGGAAGUCAACCUUUCGAGCUGAUGUGGUAGCAGCUAAGGUCAUGUUAACACCAGAUUAUGUGGUAUGGAGAGCUGUAAGGAAAAAUGAUGUCAUUCCCUUAGCGGAUCAUGAUCAAGUUAUUCCUGUAGAAGCGCAGUUCAGAUACGUUCCAUUUGAGUUUGAAAUACUGAAGAGUGAGUACGAAACCGAAAAUGCCAGAAAGGAGGCAGAGUGUGAAGCUCUUUGGAAAGAGAAUUUCAUGUUAGACCUCGAUAGUGGAUUCUAUAGGAAACAAUUUGAGCUCAUGCGAAAGAGAAAAGAUAAUGUUGAGGUCGAUUUCACGGACUUCCAGAAAGAUUGCCGGAAAAUGAAUCGGGCCUGA